AUGGCAUACAAUAGAAGCCAAACGAGCACGAUUAGUGAGAAUCCGAAAGACUACGAAGUUCCGCAACCACCGACGGACGGAAUCUCUGCGCUGGCAUUCAGUCCGACAAGUGAUUUCUUGGCAGUCAGUUCUUGGGAUAAUAAUGUCAGAAUAUACGAAACAAAUGCACAGGUCGGAAACGCCACUGGUAAAUCCAUGUACUCUCAUGAAAAGCCGGUGUUAUGUGUCGCGUGGAGUAAAGACGGACUCAAAGUUUUUUCUGGCGGCGCAGAUAAUGCUGGUCGUUGCUUCGAUGUAAACACACAACAAGCUAUCCAAAUAGCUGCGCAUGAUCAACCUAUCAGAUGUAUUAAAUACGUUGAUCAAGUGAAUCUUGUUGCAACAGGUAGCUGGGAUAAAACGCUCAAGUAUUGGGAUACACGUAGUCAAUCACCUGCGCUGACAGUAAAUCUCCCUGAGAGAUGCUACGCAAUGGAUGUCAUUUACCCCCUUUUGGUCGUUGGAACUGCCGAAAGAAAUGUUCAAAUUUACAAUUUAGUAAACCCGAAUACUCCUUUCAAGACUAGUUCGAGUCCUCUCAAAUGGCAAACACGAUGUAUCUCUUGUUUUACUAGCGGCAAUGGAUACGCGAUAGGAAGUAUAGAAGGAAGAGUGGGAAUUCAAUAUGUUGAAGACAAGGAGAGCCAGUCAAGUUUCUCUUUCAAGUGUCAUCGGGAUGUAAAUAAUGUUUAUUCCGUCAAUGCAAUUUCAUUUCAUCCAAUAUAUGGUACCUUUUCAACUGCUGGCAGUGAUGGCAUGUUCAACUUUUGGGAUAAAGAUUCUAAACAACGACUCAAAGGCUUUAACACUGUUGGCGCUCCGAUUUCCGCCACUGCAUUUAAUCGCAACGGUACAAUUUUUGCAUAUGCGGCUAGUUACGAGUGGAGUAAAGGAUAUAUCCAGUAUUCGGGCAAGAAUGCAAUCUAUUUACAUUCAGUCAAGGAAGAUGACGUAAAACCCAAAUCCGCUAAAAAGCGCUAA